AUGGCUGCGGGGGCACUGGAGCUGUGGAACCAUGGGUCGAUGCAGAUCCUGGUCCUCCUCAGCCUCGGGCUCCAGUUCGUUCUCUUCGCCUUUGCCGGGAUCCGGAGGCGUGAAGAUGCGCCCGUUCGAAGGUUCCUCCUCUGGCUAGCGUACCUCUUGGCCGACUCCACCGCCGUAUAUGCUGUCGGGCACCUGUCGUUCAGCAGCACUGUGCGUGAGCAUCAGCUCGUGGUAUUCUGGGCGCCGUUCCUCCUGAUGCACCUCGGCGGUCCGGACAACAUCACCGCCUAUGCACUCCAGGACAAUCAGCUCUGGCUCCGCCACCUUCAAAUCCUCGUCGUUCAGGUCCUUGGGGCAGCCUAUGUCCUUAAGAAGAACCUCCCCGGUAGCGGCGGCUGGGAUUUGCUGCGGAUCGCCUCCUUCCUGAUGUUCGGCCUCGGCGUCAUCAAGUACGGGGAGAGGACGUGGGCUCUAAAGUGCGCCACCCUGGAGAGCAUCAGCGUCUCCGUCAAGACGCAGCCACUAGCCAUCCACAAGCAUGUCCACCCCCAGGAUGAGGCGUCCAAGGAGGAGUUCGUGUUGAGACGAGCGCACUCGCUAUUCCACAUCUGCAAGCGCGCCAUCGUCGACUCCUCGGUGAUCGAGAAGGACGUCGUCGAGGGACACGAAGAGUACACAACCAAGAUGAUGCACCAAGUGGAGCUCUGGGCGCUGAUGGAGAUCGAGCUCUCCCUCAUGUACGACGUCCUCUACACCAAGGCAGCCGUGGCCCACACGUUCUUGGGCUACCUGGUACGGGUCGUCUCGCCGCUCACUGCUGCAGCCUCACUGCUCCUGUUCCAGUUCACCAUGAAGCACGGCUAUAAUAGAGCUGACAUCGCCAUCACCUAUGUCUUGAUGGGUGGUGCCGUGUUCAUGGAGACGACGUCGCUCCUGAACGCCUUAGGGUCUUCAUGGACGUUUGCGUUCCUCAGCACAACCAGGUGGCAAUGGCUUCGGUACGCAGCGCUGUGCAACAAGAGAUGGGACAGGCUUCGGCGUGUGGUUGUGACACUUCACCAGCUUGUCAAGGGAGGAGGCAGCAGGUACGCAUCACGGAGGUGGUCAUACACCAUCGGGCAGUACAAUAUGUUGCACUUCUGCACUCGCCCUGCUAGCACGCCGUUCACCAGCCCUCUGCUGGGGAGGCUGGCCAAGAAGUUCGGACCCAGUGAGUGGUGGAACACGAAACACUACUCAGCGAGCGCUGACCUGCCGGUCUAUAUCAGGCGUUCUAUCUCGAGCUAUAUGGGACGGCUGUAUAGCAAGGGGAAGUUCAACACUGGCCUCCUCAGGAAGAAGUGGGGCGAGGACCCACUUGAACGCCGCGGGCUCUAUGGAGAAGGCAUCCUUAAGGACUCCCUCGGCGUCGAGUUCCAGGAGGGCAUAAUCAUCUGGCACAUCGGCACCGAAGCUUACCUGGCCAAGAGCCAGAGAGCCAAGGCCGAGGGCGCCGCCGAGCAUGUGCAUGCCAUCAGGGUUCUAUCCGACUACAUGAUGUUCCUGCUGGUGGAUCGCCCGUACAUGCUGCCAGGCCAGCCCCAGAAGAGGAUCUACCAACGGAUAUGCGAGAAACUGGUCGCCAUGCGAUCACUUAAUUCUAAGUACGAUCUUCGCAAUGGUAUGGUGAGGAAUCUAUUCCGCCUGCGCGACCCACCAAACUCCAAAACCUCCAGAGUUGACGAGAGAGAGGAGCUCGCCAACAUCCUGUACGAUGAGUACGAGAAUCACGAGUUCAGCCACACCGCCCCUCGUCUCAUUCACGCGGCACGACUCGCCAAGGAGCUGCUGGAGAAGGAGAGAGGUGGCAUGCCCGAUACCUUGUACCUUGUGCUUGAGGUGUGGAUGGACAUUAUCGUCUACGCGGGCAACAAGUGCAGCAGGAAUUCCCAUGCCCAGAAGCUCAACAGUGGUGGAGAGAUGACCACCAUCCUGUGGCUUAUGGCAGAACACCUCUACCAAGCGUCUCUCUAG